AUCAAAAACACAAAACCAAAACAUGGCAAAGCUAAACUCAAUUUUAUUGUAUUGCUCUAUUGCUAUUGUCAUAUUAUCAUCAAUUCCAUUAGCUCAUUGCAAUAUUGCUCAAGGUCCUAAAGCAGUUGAAAAUUGGUUCCAAAAACUUUCACAUGCAAAACCAAAAGUAACCAAACUUCAUUUCUAUUUUCACGAUAUAACUGCUGGUAAAAAUCCAACAGCAAUACCAAUUGCCCAGGCAAAUUCUACGUCUCAUUCGCCUACGGCGUUUGGCACGCUAGCGAUAUUAGACGAUCGAUUGACAACGGGACCAGAACUUAAUUCAACGACUAUUGGUCGAGCUCAAGGAAUUGUUGGUGUAUCUUCUCUUGAGGAAUUUAGUUUGUUGAUGAGUUUGAAUUUUGUGUUUACUCAUGGGAAAUAUAAUGGUAGUACACUUAGUCUACUUGGACGUAACCCUGUUUUGAAUGAAUAUCGAGAGAUGCCAAUUGUUGGUGGUUCUGGUGUUUUCAGGCUAGCUCGUGGUGUUGCAACCGCGAAAACACAUACUUUAAGUAAGAAUGGUGAUGCUAUUGUUGAGUAUAAUAUUGUAGUUUUGCAUUAUUGAGUUAAGAUUAUAUGUUGGGACGGCCGAAUUGCUAAUUUUAUUUUGAUUUCUUUUUUUUUCCUCAUAUGUACGUUCUUUUUUCGUUUUCCCAUUCUAAUGUUCGUGUAAUUUGAUAGCAAUGUUGAGUUAAAAAAGUUUCAUGAUCAUGCGAGAAACAAAUAUA